AAGUGGUAGAGGAGGAGGAGCAUCAUCUCCACCGGAGCAGCGCGCGGACCACAAGCCGCUCGCGCCGCUACCUGCGGGUCAUUUCUCCGGCUCUCAGCGGGACAUCCGGGACAUCAGGACUCAGCGGGCUCCGCAGGUGAGACGCGACCAGAGCUGCCAACCUCAGCGCUCCAUGACAUCCAGAGACCUGGUGGAUCUCAGAUGACCUUUGCCCCCUCCCCAGCUCCCGUUCUCCACCGGCUCGUCCUCCCUCUCCUCCUCCCCCCUUCUUAACCUCCCCCUCCGGCCUCAGGCCUAUUACUCCAACCCUCUGCAGGGAGCAGCAACACAGGAGCUGGCAGAGGAUGAAGCGGCUCCGCCUGCCAACUCCAGCCAGAGGGUAGAAGACACAGAGGGACCAGGAGAGAGAUAAAGAGAGAGAGAGAGACGCCGUAAAGAGAGAGACAACAACAACAACCUUCGCGAUGCCUCGGCGAAGUAAAAACCCAAAUUGUACUUGAGCUCUCAACGGGCCCCGAAGGACCUGAAGCUGUGGACUCCUUCUUCACCUCCGGCUCUCUCUCUCCGUUCUCACACCUGCUAUGAGCGCCUGAGCCAUGCCGGCCAAGGGGAAGUACCUGCUGAACGACCAGGAGCUGAAGAAUGAGGCGCUGUACCGGAGGUUCUCCUGCAUCAGCCAGUACCAGCCGCUGGUGCUGCUGCUGGGCCUCUCCAUGCUGUCCUGUGGCAUCCUCCUCAUCCUCUUCUUCGCCCUCCGCCUGAGUGCUCAGGAGCACGGGGCCUUCGUGGCCGUGGUGGCCGGCAGCCUGUGUGUGUUCCUGGCCGUGUUCGUGCUGGUGUGCACGGAGAUGCUCUCCCAGCGCUGGCGGCGCCUGCUGGGCCUCGUGGUCUGGGCCACGCACCUCACCAUGGGCUACACCUUCAUCUUCAGCGGGCCCAUCAUCCUGCCCUGGGACCAGGUGCCUUUCUUCCUCUUCAUCAUCUUCACGGUGUACACCAUGCUGCCGUUCCAGCUGUGGUACGCCGUGGUGCUGAGCUUCAUCUCCUCCCUGUCCCACAUCCUGGUCCUCACACUGCGCCUCACCGUUUACGAAGAGCACCGCCAUCCUCACCUAGCCAACCAGCUGCUGUCCAACGCCGUGGUGUUCCUGUGUGGCAGCGUGGUGGGGGCCUUCCACAAGGUCCUCAUGGAGAAGACCCUCAGGCAGACCUUCCAGGACACCCUGAGGUGCCUUAGCAUGCGCAUGAAGCUGGAGAUAGAAAAAAGACAACAGGAGAACCUGCUGCAGUCGGUGCUGCCCGUCUACAUCUCCAUGAAGAUGAAGCUGGCCAUCAUGGAGCGCCUCCAGGACUGCAAAGACAAGGAGGAGCAGCAGCGCCUGGUGAAGGACAACAACUUCCACAGCCUGUACGUCAAGAGGCACGAGAACGUCAGUAUUCUCUACGCCGACAUCGUGGGCUUCACCCGGCUGGCCAGCGACUGCUCCCCCAAAGAGCUCGUCAUCAUGCUCAACGAGCUGUUUGGGAAGUUCGACCAGAUCGCCAAGGAAAACGAAUGCAUGAGAAUCAAGAUCCUUGGAGAUUGUUACUACUGCGUGUCGGGGCUCCCCGUGUCGCUGCCGAAACACGCCAAGAACUGUGUGAAGAUGGGCCUGGACAUGUGUGAGGCCAUCAAGCAGGUGCGGGACGCCACGGGCGUGGACAUCAACAUGCGAGUGGGCGUGCACUCGGGCAACGUGCUCUGCGGCGUCAUCGGCCUUCGCAAGUGGCAGUUUGACGUGUGGUCACAUGAUGUCACGCUGGCCAAUCACAUGGAGUCCGGAGGCCUCCCGGGCCGUGUGCACAUCACGGAGGCCACGCUGAAGCACCUGAACAGGGCGUACGAGGUGGAGGACGGGGCCGGCGCCCUGAGGGACCCCUACCUGAAGGAGCUCAACGUGCAGACCCACCUGGUCAUCGACCCCAGGUCUAAGGACCCGUCGUCCAGCAGCCGCAGCGCCCCGAAGCCUCGGGUCAACGACGGGCUGAAGAUGAGGGCCUCGGUGCGCAUGACCCGGUACCUGGAGUCCUGGGGGGCCGUGAAGCCCUUCGCCCACCUGCAGAGCCGAGAGGGCUUCAGCCCGGACGCCAUCGUCAACGGCAAGGCCCGCUGCAAGGACAUCCCUCUGCGCCCGGCGCCCGGCUCCAAGAUCACAGAGAGCCUGGACGAGUCCCUGGAGGAUCCGUUCUCCUUGGCCACGCCUCCCUUCAGCAGCUAUAAGAACAAGUCCCAGAAGAGUAAGUUUGAUGAAGAGCUUCACAACGAGAUGACGACCACCAUCGACGAGCUGAGCAGCAAGCAGUGGUCUAAGACGGAGGAGAGCGGUGGCUUAGCGCUGUGGUUUCCAAAGAAAGAUCUGGAGAAGCAGUACCGGGCCCUGGACCUGCCCAUGUUCAAGCACUACGUCGGCUGCGCCGCCUUCAUCUUCCUCUGCAUCUUCUCGGUCCAGAUGCUGGUCACCAAGGAUCGACAGGUGUUGGUGCUGUGCUUCGGGGUUCUGCUCUGGGUGCUGCUGCUGGCGCUGGCCGUCUGCUUCGCAGGUCAACUGCAGCGUCUGUUCCCAGAGAAGCUGUCUCGGUGUCAGUGGCUGCCGGCGGCGUCCGAGGCGGCGAUGAAGCGUCCGUGUGUCCGUCUCCCUCUGGCCUCGGCGACCACGGCGGCCAUCGUCGUCCUGGCCGUGUUCAACCUGUCCAGAGUUCCAGGAUGCUCCUCGGCGGGCGGCGCCCUGCGGCCCUCUAACGGCUCCACGGCGCCCCUCGAGCCGGGAGACGAGGACGUGUUCUUCUACCUGCCCUACUCUGUGUUCUGCUGCAUCCUCUCUCUCGUGGCGUGCGGCGUGUUCCUCCGCGUGAGCUUCGAGCUCAAGGUGCUCUUCCUCACCGCGGCGUCCACGGCGUACUACGUCAUCAUCCUCAGCUCCAACCGGGAGCUGUUCCUGCUCUACGGGGACUUCCUGCUGGCCCAGCAGCUCCACGGCUGGAACUGCAGCAGCGGAGACGCCCACUCCGUCCUGCGCUGGCUGGGGCUGGUGAAGCACCCCCAGGUGAUGAGCUGCAUCUACAUCUCCCUGUUCCUGGUCACCAUGCUCAUCAUCUCACAGCAGAACGAGUCGUGCUUCCGGCAGGACUUCCUCCUGAAGUACAAGAACCGCACGGAGCAGGACGAGAUCGAGACCCGAGAGAACCUGAACCGCCUGCUGCUGGAGAACGUGCUGCCGGCCCACGUGGCGGCGCUGUUCGUGGGCGAGAACAAGAAGAACGAGGACCUCUACUACAAGUCCUAUGACUGCGUGUGCGUGAUGUUCGCCUCGGUGCCGGACUUCAAGGAGUUCUACACGGAGUGCGACAUCAACAAAGAAGGUCUGGAGUGCCUGAGGCUGCUCAACGAGAUCAUCGCCGACUUUGACGAGCUGCUCUCCAAACCAAAGUUCAGCGGCGUGGAGAAGAUCAAGACGAUCGGCAGCACCUACAUGGCGGCAGCCGGGCUCAGCGGGACGCCGGGCCAGGAGAACAACCAGGACCGGGAGCGGCAGCAGGCCCACAUCGGGAACAUGGUGGAGUUCUCCAUGGCGCUGAUCGGGAAGCUGGACGGCAUCAACCGGCAUUCCUUCAACAGCUUCCGGCUGCGCGUGGGCAUUAACCACGGCCCGGUGAUCGCCGGCGUGAUCGGGGCGAGGAAGCCUCAGUACGACAUCUGGGGAAACACGGUGAACGUGGCCAGCAGGAUGGAGAGCACCGGGGAGCUCGGCAAGAUCCAGGUGACGGCGGAGACGUCCGACGUGCUGCGUAAGCUGGGCUACUCGGUGGAGUGUCGGGGCUUCAUCAGCGUGAAGGGCAAAGGGGAGCUGGAGACCUUCUUCCUGUGCACCGACACCAGCAAGCAGCAGGGCCUGGGCUGAGGUCACGGACUCCUAGAGGUCAUGGACUGAAGUACCCAGAACUCUCUGUUGGACGUCUCAGGAGGUCGGAGACGUCCGGCGUCCCUUUUGAACUUCCUGUUCCCUCGUUGCCGUUGGCGAUGGAGGAGCAUCGUGCUGACGCUCUGAAGGCUGCUGGCCCUUUAAGAACCUCGGCGGCUCCGUUGCUGUGUAAUGAGCGUGAGGCUGGACAGAAGCUGGACAUGUACAUCUGUAAACACUGAGCCCGGCUCUCUGGACAGACGUUAAAACGUAUGUGUGUGUGGAUGUCGUCGUCAACAGAUGUCCCUGAACGCCUCUUAUGAAACAUGGCUCUGUGACAGUGGUUGUAUAAUAAUGAUAAUAACGACGUGUCGGCCUUCAUGUGAACAAAGUGAGUUUCUGCAGCUCCAGAAUGUAAUAAAUGUUUUCAGAAGUUUGAA